AUGGCUUCCACAAUAUCACGACGAACUCAUAAAAAGUCUAGGUUGGGAUGCAUGGAAUGUAAACGUCGGCAUAUCAAGUGCGACGAAAGACAGCCUAGCUGUGGCAAUUGUGUUGUCAGUGAACGACCAUGUUCCUUUCCCAGUCCACGUCCGCACCAAUCACGCCCGGUCUCUCCUUCGCUGUCUGUCAGCAAUCGCGGCCCGAAAUAUCCCAAGCUUGAGCCAUUGUCUUGGUCCAUCGGUAGCCCAGUCGAACGCGCUGCUGGCUUUCGCAACGAUGUCAAUAUGCAACAUAUGGAGUUACUCAUUCAUUUCUCAGUCGACAUUCCACUUCCAGAUAUUGAUGAGGCUCUCCAAGCCUCAUUCACUAAAUUGGUGCUCAACGUCGGGCUAGAUGCACCAUACCUGCUAUACCAGACUCUUGCGAGUUCGGCCCGUCAUCUUGCCACAGUCAAACCAUCUCUGUCACCAAUAUAUUUGCGACAGACAACAGAAUUACAGCACAGCAGCAUAGAGAAGUUCAACUCACUGAACUUGCGCAUCGACGAUUCCAACUGCGUACCUGCGCUCUUGUUCUCCUCUUUCCUUGCAAGAGAUAUGCUGACUAGCACGCUUGCGGCCGUCCGUCAACACCAAGACUUCUCAUUGUUCUUCCACCAGUACAUCCAGUAUAUCCACGUACAGCGUGGAGUCGAGGCUAUUGGAUCUUCCACUUGGCCGUACCUUAUACAAUCUGAACUCCGACCAUUGUUGAUAUGGGGCUCCAGGCUUUCUGAGCUUUCGCCUCAGGGUCGCGAAUUGAGCGAACUCAUCGCAUCAAUCACCAGAAACUCCGCCUUGGACAAAGAAGCGACCGAGGCCUGUAUAACUUCAGUGCACUAUUUGCAAGUCGGGCUGGAUUAUCUACUGUCAUCAAAGUCCCGGAAGACAGGAAUACAAAUGGUAUUCAACUGGGCAGUAUUAAUACCGACUAGAUAUAUCGAGCUUCUCACCCUGCGUGAGCCUCAAGCACUCGUUAUUCUCGGCCACUAUGCAGUUCUUUUGCACCUAUGCAAGGAUGUGUGGCAGGUCGGAGACUCAGGGCGCUACGUACUCGGUGGGAUCGUCAAGGAGCUAUCGUCCAAAUGGGUUCAAAUGUUAUGGUGGCCGCUUUCCGUGAUUGGACUCGGAUUGGGCUGGAAGGCCUCGUUUGAAGCAUCACGUGGCACAAGCACCGAAUGA